AUGGAGGCUGUCCAAAACUUCUUUCAAUUGAGUAAGAUGCUUAAAGAAGUAAAUUGCACCAUUAUAGCUCUUGUUCCCAAAAGUAAGAACAAUACUUCGUGUGGGGACUUUAGACCUAUAUGUUGCAACAUCAUCUACAAGUGCAUUUCUAAGAUUGUGGCUAACAGGAUGAAAGGUAUGCUACCUAAAUUCAUAAACCAAGCUCAAGUGGCUUUUAUGGAAGGUAGGAAAAUAGGGAACAAUAUCCUCUUUAGCCAAGAGCUUCUCCAUCACUAUAAUAGGGGUUCGGACAAGGUGAGGAGAUAUGCAAUAAAAGUUGAUCUUUUAAAGGCCUAUGACUCGGUGAGAUGGAACUUUAUUCUUAAAACUCUCAAAACCCCUAAGUUCUCAAUUGCUCUGAAUGGGGAGCUUACCAGGAUCUUUGGGGGGACUAUGGGCCUUAGGAAAGGAGACCCCAUAUUUCCUUAUCUCUUUGUUAUUGCCAUGGAAAUCCUUUCAAGAUUAAUGUUUAGGGUAGUAGCCAAGGAGGAUUUCAAGUAA